UGCGGGGAAACCCAAUACUCUCGCGUCUUUUCCUCUUCAUCAAUUAGUGCUUCGGACUGUUACCUGGCCUGAGCUUCGCGCCUGCGCUGUGGGGCCUCCAUCGUCCCGGGAAUAAAGCGGAUUAUCCCGUGCGCGGCUCCUCCAGGACUUCGGGAUUAGCGCAUUUCUGUGUUUGUCGAACCAAAGUUUGUGUCUAUCCGAAGAGGGUCCGAGCACGCGCCAUGGCCGAGAUAGGCAAAGGGGUGACCGCGGGAAAACUGGCCAUCAACGUCCAGAAGAGGCUGACACGCGCGCAGGAGAAGGUUCUGCAGAAACUCGGCAAAGCCGAUGAAACCAGAGAUGCAGUUUUUGAAGAAAUGGUGUCCAACUUCAACAAACAGAUGAAUGAAGGCUCAAAGCUGCAGAAGGAUCUGAAAACCUAUCUAGCAGCAGUUAAAUCAAUGCACGAUGCAUCACGGCGGCUACAGGACUGCCUGGCUGACAUGUAUGAGCCCGAGUGGUUUGGCAAAGAAGAGAUGGAUGCGCUUGCAGAGGAUACAGACACACUUUGGUUGGACUUCCACCAGAACCUCACAGACAAAUCCGUUCUCGUGGUGGACACAUACCUGGCACAGUUUCCUGAAAUCAAGGCCCGUAUAGCGAAGCGUGACCGUAAGAUGGUGGACUUCGACAGUGCCCGACACCACUUUGCCAACUUACAGAAGGGCAAGAAGAAAGAUGAGGCCAAGAUCGCCAAGGCAGAGGAGGAAUUGGGGAGAGCUCAGAAGAUCUUUGAGGAGCUGAAUGUUGAGCUUCAGGAUGAGCUCCCAGUGCUGUGGGACAGCCGUGUUGGCGUGUACGUGAACACAUUCCAGACCAUGGCCAAAAACCAGGAGAAGUUCCACCGAGAGAUGAGCAAGUUGAGUGAAAACCUGAACGAUAUCAUGACCAAACUGGAGGAGCAGCGAGAGCUCAAAAAAGGAGAAAAGAAACACGAGUCUGCAAAGAGUGAGGAGGCCAACCACAGUGAAUCAGCUGGCUCAGCACCAAAGGGCGCAGUGACAAAUGGCUCGGACGGUGAAAUGCCCCCUGGAUUUCUCUAUAAGGUGAAGGCUGUUCAUGACUACGCAGCGACCGAUGGAGACGAGUUGGAGCUCAAAGUUGGAGACAUGGUUUUGGUCUUGGCCUUUGACAAUCCCGAUGAACAGGACGACGGCUGGCUUUUGGGUCUGAAGGAGUCUCACUGGGUCCAGAAAAAGGACUUAUCAGGAAAAGGAGUUUUCCCUGAGAACUUCACCACCAAAGUCUGAGUCCUGGUCGAAGUAGUCCUGGUCUAGACCCGGUUUAGACCUGGUCUAGACCUGGACUGUCUCUGCUGUAAAACUCUGAAGUAACUAAACAAGAACUGUCCUCAGGCAGAGCUUCUUUUAUUUCAAUAGUUUUUACUCAAUAUUGGCUCUAGAUGAAAUCCUUAUUUUUUCAGACUUGUUUUAGAUCUGGUUUAACAUGGUAUAGUUUAGACCUGGUUAAGGCUGGAUAGCCCUGGUUUCUCUAUUCUGGAUUUAAUGAUGCUGUUAUCCUGAUUGAGUCCUGAUUGAGUCCUGAUUUAGUCCUCGGUCUUAGUUUAGAUCUGGUGUAGUACCACUUCCUGGUUUAGUCUUUCCUUCUGAUGAAAUUACCUUUUUAAUCUUGGUUUAAUCCUAGUUUAGACAGGGUUAGGGUUAGGGUUAGGGUUAAGGCUAAUUUUUAUGGUUUAUUAUCAUCAAAAUGUGAAAACCAAAUAAUCGUUUUUAUUUGUUUUGUCAGGCUCUGAUGCUCCCAGCCGCAAACCAACACAUAGAAACGCAUUGAAAUUGCAAAUAAACUGUUAUAAUUUUAUUAUAAUUCUAUAUUUAUACCUGUGAGCCCUUGGUGAUGGUAGUUCUUCAAAUGGCCGUCCUCCAGCAGCAAAGCCAAAGUUGCUGAAUUAUGACACAGAUUGAACUGUUUUUAAAUGAAAGAAUUGUCCAAAGAUUGUUUUGAAGAGAGAUUUUUACACUGUGUCUGUGAUGAUCAAGACAAUGUUGGUUUCAAUCAAAGUUAAUAAAAAAUGUUG